GUGCCGGUGGCAGUGCCGGUGUCGAUGCUGGUACCAGUAUCAAUACCGGUGCUGGUUCCAGUACCGGUACCGUUGCCCCCACCAUGCCCAAGCUGCUACCGGCUCAAGAGGCAGCACGGAUCUACCACACCAACUACGUGAGGAACGCCAGGGCCAUGGGGGUUCUCUGGGCCCUUUUCACCCUCUGCUUCUCCAUCCUGAUGGUGGUGACCUUCAUCCAGCCGUACUGGAUCGGCGACAGCAUCGACACCCCCCAGGCCGGUUACUUUGGCCUCUUCUCCUACUGCAUCGGCAACGCGCUCACCGGGGAGCUCAUCUGCAAGGGCAGCCCCCUGGACUUCGGCACCAUCCCCUCCAGCGCCUUCAAAACAGCCAUGUUCUUUGUAGGCAUCUCCACCUUCCUCAUCAUCGGCUCCAUCCUCUGUUUCAGCCUCUUCUUCUUCUGCAACGCAGCCACCGUCUAUAAAGUCUGCGCCUGGAUGCAGCUGGCGGCAGCUACUGGGCUGAUGAUCGGGUGCCUGAUCUACCCCGACGGGUGGGACUCGAGCGAGGUGAAGCGAAUGUGUGGGGACAAGACGGACAAAUACACGCUGGGCGCCUGCACCGUGCGCUGGGCCUACAUCCUCUGCAUCAUCGGCAUCCUGGACGCGCUCAUCCUCUCCUUCCUGGCCUUCGUCCUGGGGAACCGGCAGGAUCACCUCCUCCCUGCUGAUUUUAAAGUGGAAAAUAAAGAAGAAGGCAACGACUGACAGAGCUGAUCACGGCGUAAGUGA